UCCGAGGAGAAGGCCAUGAAUUACGAAUUUGAGCGAGAGACUGGCUUUAUCAAUAGUCAGCCGUCGCUCGCUGAGUGCCUGACAUCUUUUCCCCCUGUCGGUGAUACAUUUCAAAGUUCAUCAAUCAAGAACUCGUCGCUUUCACAGUCGACACUGAUUCCUCCUCCUUUUGAGCACACCAUCCCCAGCCUGAACCCGGGCAGCCACCCUCGCCACGGCAGCGGCGGCGGCCGCCCCAAGACGAGCCCUGAUGGCAGCGGCGGCGGCGGCGGCGGCGGCGGCAGCCCGGUGCCCGCCGGCGCCCUGCAGCCACCGGAGUACCCCUGGAUGAAAGAGAAAAAAGCUUCCAAGAAAACCGCGCUGCCUCCCGCCUCCGCGGCCUCCGCCUCCGCCACUGGACAUGCCUGCUUGAACCACAAAGAAUCCCUGGAAAUCGCAGAUAACAGCAGCGGGGGCUCCAGGCGCCUGAGAACAGCAUACACCAAUACCCAACUCUUGGAGCUAGAAAAAGAAUUUCAUUUCAACAAGUAUCUCUGUAGACCUCGGAGGGUGGAGAUCGCAGCUCUGCUGGAUUUGACUGAGAGACAAGUGAAAGUCUGGUUCCAGAAUCGCAGGAUGAAGCACAAGAGGCAGACCCAGUGCAAAGAGAACCAAAACGGCGAGGGGAAAUACAAGACCCUGGAGGACCCCGAGAAAGCCGAGGACGAAGAGGAGAAAUCGCUCUUUGAGCAAGCGCUCAACGUCUCAGGGGCCCUUCUGGAGAGGGAAGGGUACACUUUUCAGCAAAACGCCCUGGCCCAGCAGCAGGCGCCCAACGUGCACAAUGGCGACUCCCAAAGUUUCCCAGUUUCGCCUUUAACCAGCAAUGAGAAAAAUCUGAAACAUUUUCAGCACCAGUCACCCACUGUUCAGAACUGCUUGUCAACAAUGGGCCUGAACAAUGACAGCCCAGAGGCCCUGGAUGUCCCCUCUUUACAAGACUUCACCGUUUUCUCCACAGAUUCCUGCCUCCAGCUUUCAGAGGCCGUAUCGCCCAGUUUACCAGGCUCCCUCGACAGUCCUGUGGACAUCUCAGCUGACAGCUUUGACUUUUUUACAGACACACUCACUACAAUUGACUUGCAGCAUCUGAAUUACUAA